AAUAAAAAGGAGGGAAAAUAUGACUCUGUUUCUGCAUUAUCUAUUUGUGAGGGGCUUGUGAGAUGUUUCACCUAGAAAAGCUGAAUUGAAAUAGUUCUUUAGCUCGCUUUCAAGAAGGGUAUCCUAUGUCAGUGGAAUUUUCCAUUCAGUUAUCAGGAUAAGAAUGUAUGUAUUGCGGAUGUUUAUGAGAAUUGAUCUGCAAUUCCUAAAUUUGUGUUGCUGAUCAACAUUCUUUAUUUUAGUACUUUAGCUGGUAAUUUUACAGUAUAGUUCCUACAAAAGGUCGAAUUAAUUUUUUCACCAGAACAAGGCUAUUUCUGGUACCAGCAAAGAAUACCUGAAUGAUAACAUUCAUGUUAAUUUUUGGUUAAUCGGUAUUGUUCACAAUUAAUUGUUUUCAGUGCACAACUUUAUAAUGAUGCUAAAACAGGCAGUUAAUCAGGUCUAGCUGUUGAACCACAACAAGCACGAAAAUGAAAAGGCUGCUGAAAUUGACAUGGCUGUGGUUGCGUAAUCUAGUAAAGAUACCUCAGCCAGUUCGAAUAUCAUUACGGGAUAAAGCAAUAGCAGUCGCAGGAAGAGUUUCUGUAGUCAAAGUUCGAGACUCUAUGCAGGUUUGUUGUCCUGUAUGCACAGAAGCGAUUUCCUCUCCACUUGACUCUGAUGUGAAAAUGAUACUAGCAGUGCACCUGAGUUUAUGGCACGCUGAGGAUGUUAACUUGCAAUGGGACAUUAUGCAGAAGAAGAAAGAUUCAGUUCUUCAUUUGCCUUCCUUAGUUGUUGGAGUAGGAAUAGCUGCUGGUGUUGGAGUACUGUUGACUUUUCUGGCAAAAAAUAGGGCUCAAGCUUUGGUAGGGAAUACAGUGAGACAACCGAGAUUCAAGGAAAGGUAGUGGUGCAUGACCUAUUGGCUUUGUACCAGUAGUGAUAUACUCUUUUACCUACUCGUCAUAUGGCAGGAUGAAUAUCUCUUGCUUUAUUUGGCUAAAAUUGCCAAGUUUGUAGAGUUCACCAUUUUUUGUCAAAAAGGAAACUUGGAUUAUCGUAAAUUUUGAGGGGCCUGUGUAUGAAAAGGUUUAGAAGUGAGGACUUAACAUGUGUUUGUAAACUUUCUAGCGGUGAAUUAUGUAUCUCUUUUUGGGUAUACUAGCUCCUUAAUUUUGACA